AGUGACUUCCUUCUGCAAGACUAGCAAUCUGAACAUAUCCAUGCGCAAGAUCUGAUUAUUGAACAAGGCUUAAAAGCAAACCAAAUAUAUUUGUUUUUUAAUAACCACUUUUAGGCUAAAAAGACUACAGGUUUUGACAUAAAUAUCAUUCCAUGAAAAUUCACGCCUGACUUUUGUUUAAUAAAUUUUAUUUUUGCUGAAAUCUUUGUUUGUCUUCUUUGGGUCUGUGAUUAUUGUUGGUUGGGAGAGACAGUAAGUGGGUUGGUUUGAUUGGAGGAGGGACUCUUCUUGUGGUUGAAUUUUCUAUAUUUUUUUUGGUUAUCUCCGGCGAUGCCUACGCCGGUUAACACGGCGAGAGAAUGCUUAACGGAGGAAGCAGCUCGCGCCCUCGACGACGCAGUGGCCAUCGCUCGUCGUCGGAGCCACGCGCAGACGACGUCUCUCCACGCCGUCUCAGCUCUCCUCGCGAUGCCGUCCUCCCUCCUCCGCGAGGUCUGCGUCUCACGCGCCGCCCGGAGCACUCCCUACUCGUCGCGUCUCCAGUUCCGAGCACUUGAGCUCUGCGUCGGCGUCUCUCUCGACAGGCUCCCGUCGUCGUCGUCCAAGUCCUCGUCGGGAGAAGAAGAUCCCCCGGCGGUGUCGAAUUCCCUCAUGGCGGCGAUCAAGCGGUCUCAGGCGAACCAGCGGCGGCACCCGGAGGCGUACCACCUCCACCAGAUGCACGGAGUGUGCCAGACGGCGACGGUUCUGAAGGUGGAGCUCAAGUACUUCGUGCUGUCGAUUCUCGACGACCCGAUCGUGAACCGGGUCUUCUGCGACGCCGGGUUUCGGAGCUCCGAUAUCAAGCUCGACGUGCUUCACCCUCCGGUGACGACUACGCGCUUCUCUCGCUGUCCGCCUCUCUUCCUCUGUAACCUCCCGAGCUCGGAUCCGAACCGUGAGUUCCCGUUUGGUGGGAGCAGCAGCAGCGACGAGAACUCCAGGAGGAUCGGACAAGUGCUGUGUCGGAAAGAGAGGAGGAGGAACCCUGUCCUUGUCGGAAACUGCGCUGACGAAGCUCUUAGAAACUUCACCGAUGCGAUCAACAGUGGGGGGAAGAAUCUAGGGUUGUUUCUUCCUCCGGAGAUCAAAGGGUUGAGCGUAAUCAACAUAGAGAGAGAGAUUAGCGAAGUUGGAUCGAGAGCCAACGAGGAGACUCUCGCGAAGCUUGAUGAGUUAGUAAACGACUCGGAAUCUAACGAGGUGAUGCUUAAUCUAGGUGAGCUUAAGGUGUUCUUGAACAGUGAAACUUCUUCUUCUGGUGGUGGUGAUGAUGCUUUGGCGAAGUUGGUAUUGAAGCUCUCGGAUUUGCUGAAACGUCAAAGCAAGAAGAAACUGUGGUUCAUCGGAUGCGCAUCGAGCAACGAGACUUACACGAAGCUUCUUGAUCGGUUCCCUAAGAUCGAUGAGGAUUGGGACCUUCAUGUUCUUCCCAUCACAUCCUCAAGACUUCCUAAAUCAAGUUUGAUGGGAUCCUUUGUUCCGUUUGGAGGUUUUUUUUCGUCUACAUCAGAUUACAGAGUACCGUUGAGUGGUGGUGGCCCAGUGAAUCAUCAGACGCUGCCUAGAUGUCACCUUUGCAACGAGAAGUGUUUGCAAGAAGUGGCUGCCGUUGUCAAGGCCGGUUCGAGUGUCUCUGUGGCUGAUCAAUGUUCCGAGAAGUUACCUUCUUGGUUAAGAGCUGCUGAGACCGAGUUAGACAAGGGACCAACGAGCAGCGCUAAGGCUGUAGUAGAUAGCACAAACACAAUAGCCUCUCAAACCACAGCUCUGCAGAAGAAAUGGGACAGCAUAUGCCAAAGCAUCCAUCAAACUCCAUCGUUUCCUAAGCUAGGUUUUCAGACCGUGAGUCCACCACCACAGUUACCAGUUCAGACCGAGAAGAGCGUGGGAAGACCAGAUCCAAAACAUAAGGAGGAUCUCACGAUAUCGUCGGUAACUUUAAGUUCUCCUGUGAGCUCUGUUACUACAGAUUUAGGAUUGGGAGUAACCUAUGCAUCAAAAAGGCAAGAAACAUAUACACCAAGAGAGACUCUAAACUCUUCUUCACAACAUAAACAUCAUAAUGACUUCAAGUCUCUCAGAGAAUCGCUCUCUGUUAAAGUCCCCUGGCAGACCGAAGCUGUGAACGCCAUCAGCCGAAUCAUCUGCGAAAGAAGAAACCGCACCAACGGAAUAUGGCUGGCUCUUCUCGGACCUGAUAGAGUUGGGAAGAAGAGAGCAGCGUUGGCUCUUUCCGAAAUCUUGUUUAGAGACCAGGCUAACUGCAUCAGUGUGGAUUUUGGAGGGGAGCAUUGUUAUGUCGACGACAGAUUUAGAGGCAAGACGGUAGUUGAUUACAUAACGGGGGAAGUAUCGAGGAGACCACACUCUGUUGUGUUACUAGAAAACGUGGAGAAAGCUGAGUUCCCUGAUCAGGUGAGAUUGUCUGAAGGUGUGAGUACAGGGAAGCUGCGUGACUCGCACGGAAGAGUGAUUAGUAUGAAAAACGUAAUCGUCCUUGCAACUUCUUCUGCGAUCGUUAAGGAGAAAGUUGAGCCUGUGAAGUUUACGGAGGAAAGAGUUCUCAGCGCUAGAAGCUGGAGGCUACAGAUUAAGUUGGCUGAUGCUGCUAGAGCUGGGGUGAAUAAAAGAAAACACGAGGGAGAAGAAACAGAGCUGCGUGCAGAGAAGGUGCAACGUUCGUAUCUUGAUCUGAACCUUCCUGUGGAUGAGACAGAGACAGAGGAAGCAAAAGCUUGGUUCGACGGUUUCAUCGAGCAACUAGACGAGAAGGUGACGUUCAAACAGGUUGAUUUCGAUGGGUUAGCCAAAAGCAUUCGAGAGAAGAUCGUUUCACAUUUCGAGCUGUGUUUUGGAGCGGAAACGCAACUAGAGAUUGAUAACGAAGUGAUGGUUCAGAUUCUUGCGGCUUCUUGGUCAUCAUCAAGGGAGGAGGAAGAGAGGAACGUUGUUGAUCAGUGGAUAAGAACCGUUCUUGCUCGUAGCUUUGCUGAAGCGAGGCGAAAGUACGGUUCGAAUCCAAGAGUAGCUGUGAAACUGGUUGCUUCUAGAGAUUUAUUAGCUGCUGGAGUAGAGUUGCCAGAGAAGGUGGAUGUAAUGUGAGGUGGUAAGAAUUGAUUUGUCAUCAGAGAGGCUUUGGUUUUGAAUUUUGGUGCUUGUAAAUUAAAACAAAAAAAAGUAUAAUAGAGUUACUACUAGUAGUAACUAGAGGUUUAUAAGUCUGUGUUAGGGGUUACCAAUUUGCCACAAAACUUUUCUUUUGGCAUUUUGAGUUUUAUUAGAAAAAAAAAAAUAAUAAUUUCUCCUCCA